AUGAAGAAGACACUGCUUCUCUGCUUUAUACACGGCUUCAAGGGGGGUGAAGACACCUUUGGGACCGGCUUCCCCGAGCAUCUGCGCCAGCUCGUCGCCGAGGAGCUCCCCAAGGUCGAUGUCCGGGUCGUCGUCUAUCCCAAAUAUGAAACCCGAGGAGACCUGGCCGAGUGCGUCGACAGGUUCAGGGACUGGCUGCUGGAGAAAGUCAUAGACAUCGAGGUCAACUCGGGCACGCCAUCGCCGACCAUCGACCCCUCGGUGCGCACCAUCCUCAUCGGCCACUCGAUGGGCGGCAUCGUCGCCGCCGAGACGGUCAUGGCCCUGACGUCGGAGAGGCCCAUCCAGCCCGCGGGCUCCGCCAAGACGGCCGCCGCCACGGCCGCCGCCGACGCCGCUAGGCGCCCGACGUCGCCGUCGCUCACGUCGCUCAUGUUCCCCUACGUCCAGGGCCUGCUCGCCUUCGACACCCCUUUCCUCGGCAUCUCCCCGGGCGUCAAGAAGAAGAAUGCCGCCGCCGCCGCCGGGGCGGACGGCGGGGGCGCCUGGGGCCGCUGGGGCAAGGUGGCCAUGUUUGCCGGCGCGGGCGCGGCGCUCGCCGUCGGCGGGGCCGCGGCGUACAUGAACCGGGAGCAGAUCACGCAGGGCCUCGGCUGGGCGUCGUCCCACCUCGAGUUCGUGGGCUGCCUGGCGCGGGGCGAGGAGCUGAAGCGCCGCGUCGCCUACUUGUCGCGCGCCCGGAGCGAGCUCGGCGUCGGGUUCGGGAACCUCUACACGCGGCUCGGCAAGGCCGCCCCCUCCAAGCAGGUCUCCAUGGCGGGCACCGUUGUCGGCAACAAGCGCACCUUUUGCAACCUCCCGGCCAAGGCGGCGGCCGGCACUUGGCUCGAGGCUGUGAAUGACGCCGCUACCGACGAGACCUUGGCACACACAACAAUGUUCGAGCCGGCUCAGAACCCGGGAUACGAAAAGCUAGCACAUGACGCCGCUGGGCUAAUCAGCUCGUGGACAAGGAACGAGUGGUAUGAUAGCAGCGCUGAGCAGCCCGACCUACUCAUGUAA